AACUUCAUCCGCUCUGUAGUCUUUCCUUUAGGUGGUGGAGUCACAAAAUUGACAGGCACAAUCUAGACCAUCUCUGUUAAAGCUAUUUUUGUUCUGAAGGUAUCCAGGGGGUUGAAAUUCUUAUUGAAAUGGCUUUGACUAUUAACGCUAGGCGAAACUUGAUAUUAUUUGGUAUUUUGAUACUGAGUGGGGUGAAUGGGAUCAGGGCAACAUUCUUGCCGGGGUCCUUGCAAUGUGGAACAGGAGAAUCUACUCUAAGAGCUGUUUCAAUGCUUUUCCGGCAUGGGGAUCGAUCACCGACAUCAUCAUAUCCUUUAGAUCCUUACCACGACCAUCCCUGGCCGGGAGGUUACGGAGCCUUGUCGCAGAGAGGGUCUCAAGAAUUAUAUGGUUCUGGAUUAAUAAAAUCUACUCGAUAUUCGUCCCUGCUUUCUACUAACUGUGAAGCAGACGCUACGUGCACUGUGGACCUUGAUAAAAUUCUGGUUUUAAGCAGUGCAAUUCAACGGUGUGUGGAUAGCGUUGCAAAUUUCCUAUCCGGAUUUGUUCGAGUCGAAUGGCCCUCAAGUUUAAUUAACGUCAUCCCACAAGAUCAGGAUGAGAUGUUAGCUGUACCUGGAAAGUCGUGCCCCUUAUAUGAAGACAUCAUAACACCGGGGCCUAGUUUGGAUGCCCCGGAAUUCAAGGAUCUCAUAGAUUUCGAUUCAACGGAGGGUCAAGAAUUGUUAGCUUAUUUGGAGUACCACACAGGCCUUACUAUAGAUUCGGGUACUGCUCUGCUUCUUAUUGAGGAUACUUUAUUGAUUCAAAGAGACAACCAUCUUGAAUUACCUACUUGGACUGACCCUGUAUUUGAACAAUACCUCGUACCAUUCGCCUCCAAUUUUUUUGACGUUUGGGGCUCCUCGCAGUAUAUGAAAAUUCGCAGUUCGACUCUAUUUGAGGAUAUGACUAGCAGACUUGAUAAUCUAAUCGCAGGAUCCCAUAAGGAAAAUAUUUUGUUGUAUUCAGGUCAUGACGCAACUGUUGGUGGAAUGCUCCAUUUCCUUGGAAUUCGGAAUCAAACUGUCGCUAGGCCAGCCUAUGGAGCCUCACUGAAUUUGGAGCUUCAUGAUAAUUCAGAGAUACAAGACGAUUACGAAGUGAAGUUACUAUAUUUUACGACUUACGACGACCAAAACCCUAUUGAAGUCAACAUUCCAAAUUGUCAAGCACCAUGUCCCUACAAAGAAUUCACAUGGUACAUUCAGUCGAACCUUGUAGGUGAUUAUGAUAGUGUAUGUUCUCAGUGUUGAACUGACAAACGUUGGUUAUUGACUAGAGUUAUACCAGCACCCACCGAAAUCCUAUUUAUGAUCAACUUAUAUAAUAAUAAUAAAGCAACUAUAUG